GGUGUUGUUUGCGUGAUUGCGAUGCAAGGCGAACUCGGCGUCGGGCAUGGCCGUGAGCGACGAGUGCAAGCUCAAGUUCCAGGAGCUCAAGGCGAAGCGGAGCUUCCGGUUCAUCACGUUCAAGAUCAACGAGCAGUCGCAGCAGGUGGUGGUGGACCGGGUGGGGCAGCCCGGCGAGACCUACGCCGACUUCACCGCCACCAUCCCCGCCGACGAGUGCCGCUACGCCGUCUUCGACUUCGACUUCGUCACCGACGAGAACUGCCAGAAGAGCAAGAUCUUCUUCAUCUCCUGGUCCCCGGACACGUCCAGGGUGAGGAGCAAGAUGCUGUACGCCAGCUCCAAGGACAGGUUCAAGAGGGAGCUGGACGGCUACCAGGUGGAGCUGCAGGCCACCGAACCCAGCGAGAUGACGUUGGACAUCGUCAAGGCCAGAGCCCUCUGAACAAAUUUCUCAUCGCAUCGCUCCUUCCAGGCUCCAAGGCCAGCAGCUGGAUCUACACCACGCCCUACGUACCUGCGCCCCCGUAUCGUAUGCCGUUUCCCCUCCGUCGUCGGUGUCGGAGCCUCCCCCUCCUUGUAAACUAGACAUAGAUGCUCUCUCUCGUUGUCUUUCCCGUUUCCAAGAUUUUAGACGGCAUGCCCAUCUUAUUUCCCCUUGUUGCUGAGGUGCGUACUACGUAAAUUUGCCCGUGCUCGUUGUGUAAGCGACUGGCUCCACACGGCCGCACGGCACUUAUCCACGAAAAGACAAACAUUCUGGUGUGUUUU